UAAGGGCUGGGAGCCACAUGAGCGAUUUCCCCCAGCCCCUCCCCCCUUAUGAGUAAGUAUAGCGUUUAGUUCCAGUGCUGGCCUGUCCCGCAGUCGAAUAAACAAUCUCAGGUAUAAACUCUGUCCAAAGCUGCUUGAUUUUCUUCGAAAAGACCAUGGCUUUGCUUUUUCGGGGUGAAUCAAGACGGAAGAUCUUUAGACAUCACCUGUUUUGGAUCAAGAUAGCUGAAAUCGUUCUUCCCCUGUUGAUGUUUCCUUUCUGUGUGGUUUAUGAAGACCAAGGUAGUCUACAUACUAAAGACAAAAUAUACUGGUUCAACAUCACUGUUAAAUACCCAUUUAAGUACUAUGAGAACAUUACAGCUAUCUACACGGAGGAAGAGACUCCUUUAAAGUUCAGUUUUGAUGGUGCUAUAAAUAUUUGUGCACAGUUGUUUGUUGCUGUUUCAGUCCUGUCGAUGAUGGUGGCUCUUGUGAUGGUCGUAUUCUCAAUUAUUGUCCACAAGGCAGAUUCAAUGGCAAGGCCAGUUAUGUAUUCUGAACUCUUUUCUGCCAUAAUUGUUUCCUUUCUUCUUGUUAUGAGCACCAGCCUGUGGCUGUACAAUGUCUUUACUCUGAGGAAAGAAGUUGAAGGAGAGUUAAAUAGAUUUGCAAGUUAUGCAAAAAGCAACUGUGUUGAUGGCCAGGAAGAUUGCAAUCCAAUCAAGAAGUUUCCAGAUUAUACCACUCUAUUCCUGUCUGUGGGUUUUGGUUUUGUAACCUUUCUGGUUUGGUUGGUAAAUACUGUAUUAGUUUAUCGGGAUAUUCUUCAACCAGUACAAGAAGAUACCAAUGGUAAUAAUGCACUAAUAUGGGCUCAGGAGCUUCCAGACACCCAUAACAGAAAUCCAGAGCCAGCACAAUCUUCUUAAAAAUUAAUGUUCUUUUAGUCAUGCAUGGAUAAAAAUUGCAUAAAGGGUUGCCAAAGUCGAUCAAGAUUGCCAUUAUAUUACCAUAUAAUCUUCUUGCCUGACAGCAUUUUCAUUACACAUAGUCAGUCUUAGGAAAAACUAGAGUAUGGGAUGGGAUGCUAGUCUUAGGUGAGCUCUAUCUAGCAGUUCCAAGGUUGAGGAAAAAACUGGGUUGAGUUGGUAUUGCAGUGCAUUGUGGGGCUGUUUUGGGGGACAUUUCCAAGACAUGGUGUCUAUUUAGUCCCCUAAAAUAGUCCCAAAAUGCAUUGCAGUGCCAUCUCAACAUAGUUCUCCCCUCAACCAGUGAAUGGCUAAUUAGGAAGGGUAUUCCUCAUGAUAUAAGUUUGACAUAUGACAUAGAUUUUAUCAGAGACAUGACAUAGCUUAGGGCUUGUCAUCAGGUUGCAUGUGAAAUGUUUAGAUAAUUUUACUCAUCCAAAAGAUGUUUCCUGAAUUUGCUUGUCUAAGUGACCACAAACAAUGUCCCCAAGGUUGGACUUGAUAAAAUAAAGUAAAUACAUAGCCUGUGUAGCGGCUCUUGGGGAGGGGGUUGGGGCGAGGGGGUGGGUUGCGCCCCCUGCUGCCCACUCGCCCCAACCCCCCUCCCCAAGAGCCGCUAUGUAGGCUAAUGAACGCAUAAAUAAAAAGUGAAAUCUUGAUUUAGGACUACUUUUUUGCAGUCACCAGGCAUCCCAGCCAUGUUUUAGACAAAUUUGAUAGGAAAUAUAGGCAAGUUCUAAAUAUAGGAAAAUAUACGAUUUUCCCCAAAAAAUAUAGGCUUUUUAAACAUUAAAUAGUAAACAAUAAACACACUAUUAUUGUUAA